CUUACUUUUGCAGAGGAAGGUAGGAGCAGACAAGGUACCAGUGGGAGAAGUGUCCACCUCCUGUACAACGGGACAUUUUACGUUACAUUGGCAGUUCAACUCUACCUCCUUCUGACUCUCCACCAUGAAGAUCUGGUCUCUGGGAUUUUGCCUAAUGGCUCUGCUGACAUUAACAAAGGCGAAUUUAACCAUGAAUACCACUGAAGACAUGUCCUCGACCACCACUACAAGGGAAGUGACCAAAACCAUGCCGACCGACAUCCCCCCGACCACUACAACCAGUCCUCCUGCAACAACUACGCCCCCACCCACCACUACAAGUGAAAAGACCACCACCAUACAGACCACUACCACCAGUCCUGCUGCAACAACUAUGCCCCCACCCACCACUACAAGUGAAAAGACCACCACCACACCGACAAAUACAACUGCUUCUCCAACCACCCACCCAGUGAGUACCAGUGCUUCCACAACCGACCCAGUCACCACGGGAACAAGCUCCACUGCAACCACACAAACAACCAACAGAAGCUCAGGAGUCAAAGCUUCUCUGAUGUUGUCUCUUGUGCCAUUGAUUCUCCACACGCUCGUCAAAGCUGCAAAUUUAGACUAAAAUGACUAAAAUUAAUAUAACAAUGUUUCAAAAUGGGUAUUAUUUGGAACGAAUUUAGCAUGUAAACAAAGUCAUGAUGAAUUAGAGCUGUGCUGAAGAUGUAUAAAAUAAAAGGAUUUAUCCACAUCAUUUGCUUUCAGUUGUUUGUAUUUUUCUUAUUCAUUAAAAAAAAAACCAAUUCAUAAUCAAAUG